AUGGCUCAAGCUGGCCUUUGGGAGGUUAAACAUUCGGGAAAUCCCCUUUCUUGGAGAAGUUAUAGAAAUAUUCACUUCAUCAGAGUAAGACUAGAUCGCUCUCUAGAGAAUGGGGCUUGGUCCGAAGCUUUCCCGAGCGGUAGAUGCGAAUAUUUGCGGUUUGAGGGAUCAGAUCAUCGUCCCCUAAUCACCUAUUUUGGCCAGAAGAAAAAGAGACGUAGAAGAGCUUUCCAUUUCGACAGAUCACUCUGUGAUAAGGAAGACUUCAGGAACCUCAUCGACAAGCUACGGUAG